UACCACAACUACACAUCGUCUUUCUCCUUCGAUCUAGACCAGGCUGUGCACCCAGAGUGGAUGUCCAGCAUCCCAGACACCGCCUCGCUCUCCAGCCUGUCCAUACCAGGCACGCACGACACCUUCACCUUCGACCUGGUGGACAACAAUAUCUUCCAGUGCCAGAACCACAACCUCCAGACCCAGCUGCGCGCGGGGCUGCGCUACUUUGACAUCCGAGGGAGGCUGCUCUACGGCGCCACCAGCUCGGGCGCGCCGGACAAGGCGCCGCCGCCCAACAUUGGCAUCUUCCAUGGCCAUGUGUACACUGGCUACACGUUCCAGGACGUGCUGCUGGCCAUGUUUGCGUUUCUGGACGAACAUCCCUCAGAGGGUAUCGUCAUGCGGGUCAAAGAGGAGGGCACGCCGCUGCCCGUUGGUGGCGAUGGCGACCAGGACAUCUGGACGACGGGCGUCUACAAUGUGACCUUUGAGGAGGCCUUCAACUACUACCGCCUCCAGAACAGUGCCACAGCACAGGGCUGCGAGGAGCACCUCCUCUUCCCCUGGCCGUCUUCUUCUUCCUCCUCCUCCUCUCCAUCGUCAGCCCGCGUCAUCCCGACCGUGGGCGAGCUGCGCAGCAGGAUCCUCGUCCUCUACGAGUUCGACACUCCUCUCGCCAGCAACUACGGCAUCCCCUGGACCUCGGACCACAUCGCUCUCGAGGACCUGUGGAUCAUCCUGGACCCGCAGCUCCUGGACAACAAGUGGGACGCCGUCCGGCAGAACCUGCUGCUGGCGGGGGCGAGCGCAGGCGACGCCGACAAGCUGUUCCUGAGCCAUCUCAGCGCCAGCGUGGGGGUCUUACCUAUCGAGGCGGCGGCGGGUCCGCUGGAGGAUAGGACCAACGGCUCGGUGAUUGCGGGGAUCAAUGAUCGUACGGGGUUGUGGCUCGAAGAGGAUGAGAAGGAGGGGAAAGGAGGAGGAGGAGGGAAGCUGGGCGAGAAAGGCAAGACUGGAGUGAUCAUGGGGGAUUUCCCCGGGAAGAGACUAGUGGAGGAUAUCUUGAGGAGGAAUGAGUGGUUAUCC